AUGGCCGAAUUCCAGAGAUCUAAUACCGCCCGAGUUGGUCGACAAAAUCAAGUAUACUCCGCGACUACUGGAGCCAGACUUGUGGCAGGAUGCGUUUGUCUGGACUCAUCUAAAGAACGAGUUCUGAUGAUUCAGUCAUCGGCACACAAGAAAAAGUGGGUGUUGCCAAAGGGAGGAGUCGAAAAGGACGAAUCUGACUUCAAAAUGACUGCUGUGAGAGAGACUUGGGAAGAAGCAGGAGCGAUUGGCGACAUAGUUAGAAAUUUAGGUGUGAUUGAAGACAUGAGGCCUCCGAAAGAGUUCAACACGGAUAUCAGGGCGUUCGAGGAGGCUACUGACCCAGAAGUCAACAAACGCCCACCUAGAUCAGAAUUCCACUUCUUUGAAAUGUCAGUGAGGUCUUUGGAAGAAGAAUAUCCAGAGCGUUGCAAGCGGACGCGCAAGUGGUUUUCUUUCAAGGAAGCCAAAGAGCAGCUAAUUAUUGCAAAAAGGCCUGAGUUGCUGGAGGCUUUGACUCGAUCGAGUAUAUGCCAGUAG